CUUUUUUUAUUUGUUUACUAUUGAUUUCUCUAUGUUGAUUUGAUAAUCAACAGAGAACUUCAUCGUGGUUCUAAUAAGUUCUGACAUCACAAACAUCUCAAGUUCAAGAACCUCAUAGAUUUAUCGUUAACAAUGACGACGACAACAACAUCAUCAUCAUCAACCACAUCAAAAAUGAGCUUGAAGCUUUUAGUUGACAUAAAGGUUGAUAGAGUUCUCUUCGCCGAAGCAUCCAAAGAUUUCGUUGACUUCCUCUUUAACCUCCACCGCCUACCGAUCGGUGCUGUCACGAACCUCCUAACCAAAACCAACAUGGUGGGUUCAUUAGGCAAGCUUUAUGAAAGUAUCGAGAAUCUCAGUAGCACAUACUUACUACAACAGAGCCAAGACAAAGACAUGUUAUUGAAACCAACAACCCUAAUCCCACCUGGCUUCCUCUUGCUACCAAAUUUCAAAGGGAAUAGUGAGGUGUAUGAGCCUCCUAAGCUUUACAGGUGCAGUUGGGGUAGUAGGUGUUCUAACUAUGUGACUCUGGUUGUGAACACUUUAUGUCCAAAUUGCGAUCGUUUGAUGAACGAUUCUGUGACAUAUGCGGGGAAGAAGAAGAUGGAACUGAAAGGUUCAGGUGGGGAGGAUGGGUUUGUGAAGGAGGCUGUGACAUAUACAAUAAUGGAUGAUCUUGUGGUUCUACCUACGUCUCCUAUCUCGUGUCAUGCUUCGCUCAACAAGUUCAACAUCAAAGACAUCAGUUCAAUACAAGAAAUGGUUGUUGAGUUUGGAAUCCAAGAGGCUAUCCAACUGCUAGAGGCUUCUCUACAGAGCAGAAAUGUUUUAACAAGUGUUUUCCUCAAGGAUAUCAAGUUCAAGAAAGAAUCAAAUAUGAUCCUUCAAUAAUGCCACAAUGUGUGUGUCAAAUAGUAUUACCUAUGUGAUUCCAAUUAACUGUUCUUUGUCAUGGAUAAUUAAGUAGGUGUGCUUAUUAAAUAUAAAUUAGAAUGGAUGUAAAUAAAAAAAAAAGGGUGAGUUAAAAUUGUCAUGUGCAUUCCUAAGUCCCCAUUGUAUUAUUCUUUGUGUGCUUUGUUGUAAUUGUUACUUUUGAAAUGAAUUUGGUUGCUUUUUUAUAUUGGCUA